AUGAGAAGAUAUAUUUGUGAUGUAUUAUCAUUAGAUACAGGAAGAUUUAGUGAUUUAUUUAGAAGUCUUGUUGAAGAAAGUAAUUUCCGAGUGAAAGUUAGUAUUGCUCAACAUCUUCCAGUGUUAAGAACAAUGUCAUUUUAUGAUGAUGUACUUGUUAAACUAACAAUGAGUGGAUUUUUUGGUGUUCGAGAAGUUGCUUUAAAAGAAAUUGAGAAUUGUUUAAAAGAAAAUGAAAGUAAGAGAAGUAUAUUAUUUAAUCAAUUCUUGACCUAUCAAAAAGGUAAUUGCUAUCAACGACAAGCAUUGGCUUAUGCAUUUGUUGCUGUAAGUAAAGGAAAUGAAGAAUAUACAACAAAAGCUACUCCAAACUUAAUUCUAAUGUUAGAUGAUCCGAUUUCUAAUGUUAGAAUUAGUACUUUAAUUGCAUUAGGAAAACUUCAUUCAUCUUCACAAGAUGUAAAAUUUGCACUUUCAACAUUAUUAAAGAAUGAACAUGAUACUGAUGUCCACAAUAUCGCAGAACAAAUAUAUGCGAGGAUUUGUUAA